CCAUCUAUGGCAGGAGAGUUGACACACAACUCUUCUUGAUCAACCGGGCUGGAUAUCUGUGUUUUAAAACCUUAUACUCCUUAUUCAAGGCAGAAAUCAUCAAGACUUUUGUCAAACACGUCUAUUGACGAUCUUCAAUUUCUCUUUUGAUCCGUUCAGUCCACUCACCGACAUAUAAGUUGGAAAUCAUGAUCUGGAAUGCUCUGGAGACGCUCCUUAGCGGAGUAAACAAAUACUCCACUGCCUUUAGCCGGUUCUGUUUCUCUAUGGUGUUUGUCUUCCGGGUCAUUGUGUUUGUGGUAGUGGCUCAGCGUGUGUGGAGAGAUGAAAGCAAAGACUUUGACUGCAACACUGACCAGCCAUUCUGUACCAAUGUUUGUUACAACCACUUUUUCCCCAUAACACAAACCCGCCUCUGGGCCCUGCAGCUUAUUUUUGUCACAUGCCCAUCGUUCAUUGUCACAGCUCAUGUCAAAUACAGGGAGAUGAAGGAUUUGAAGUACGCUAAACUACACCAGGGGAAGCACAUGUAUGCCCACCCUGGAAAGAAACGUGGAGGGCUUUGGUGGACAUAUCUGCUGAGCCUUAUCCUCAAGGCUGGCUCUGAUGCUGGCUUCCUCUACGUCCUGUAUUACUUCUGCAACGGUUAUGAAAUGCCACCCUCUAAGUGCUCCCUGUUCCCCUGCCCUAAUAAAGUGGAUUGCUAUAUAUACCGACCCACAGAGAAAAAGAUUUUUACCCUCUUCAUGGUGGUCUCCUCUGCUGUCUGUAUCUUCCUAUGUAUCUGCGAGAUGAUCUACCUAUUCUUUAAACGUAUCAAAAAGAUUAUGAAGAAAAUGAAGGUGGCAAAAAGGACUUCAUUUUUUAUUGAAGAGAGUCACGAGAUGACUCAACUCUCACGACCAAUGUCGCUAAACAGGUCCAACUUUUUUGUCAGAGUGGAUCCUACAGCAUCAAAUCAGAACAUCACCAACAGUGUAGUGGAAGAAAAGCCUUCUAAGAGGUCUUCAACAGGGGGUCGGGGACCCACAGGGGGUCCACGGAGGUAA